AAAAUAUCUUGCUCAAAAGACAGACUAUUCGAACAAUUAGGGCAACAACCCACUUUCUCUCCUCUCUAUCAGACUCCUUCACUCCUUCAACAAUGUAAUUUUUUUUUCUUCAAAUACAAAAAUUGGGCGUGAAUCUCAGGUUAUUGUAUGAAAAUUAGAAGAAAACUUUUGUAAUUGCAAAAUUUUUGCUACAUAACUCUGAAAUUCGAAGUCGUAUGUGAUUUCUCUUGUGAAAGGAUAAGCUUCUUUGUGAUUCUCUUCCUUCUCAUUCUACAGAAAGACAUACAAAAUCUGUUGGGUUCUUCUUGAGCAUCCAGGUCGACAAGAAUUUAUGUGGUAAAAGUUCUCGAAAAGAUUCAGUUUUUAUUAGUCUUCAUGCUUGAUCCAAAAGACAUUUCAGGGUCUGAGACUAUACUACUCAGGUUAAGUUGGAGCAGCCCAUUGCAGGCUAAGAAAAGGAGCAAUUGGAAAUAUGCCUCGAGGUAGAGGUCGAGGUAGCGCAUGCCGUGUAGGUAAAUCUUCAGUUAGGGGUAAUCUUGCUACUCGUGAAAAUAUGGCUACUGUUCCCAUUCCCACUAUCAAUCCUCAACAAGGUGGUACGAGUUCCUCAGGUGGACCGGAUCACAUCAAUCAAGUUCAAACAUUAGGUCCUAGUAGUACGCCACAUAUUCAAACAUCAGGCCAUGAUACCCCAACUAUUAAUUUGGAACCAUCUCCAAAUACCCCUAAUCAGAGCAACACAAUAGGUGAGGGUACAUCUUCUCAAAGCAACAUAAUAGGCAAAACUGAGUGUAGCAGUACCCACCGACCGCAGAUGCUUCUUACUAUUUCUCCUACAGGGCUGUUAAAAAGGGUGGAGAUCCAACACCAAGUGAGUUGCAUUUGCACGUCCAUACUCAUGGUAAUGAUGGAAAAUCUUUUGUUGCUGAAAAAUCCCGAAUUGUACAUGAGAUAUUACAGCAAUAAACACAAACUCAAUCUAACAUUGAUCAGUGUAAAGCAUAUUAUCAAGCCGCCGGAGGAGAAAAGAAAAGAAGAGUAUAUGGUCUUGGAUCGUAAGCAAAAUGCUACUAUGGGCCAAAUCUUCAUGGCUCUCUUGGAUCUGAUGCUACAUCGUCAGCAACACCUCCAAAUUCUCAAUCAACACCGACAGGGAAUCUGGAUGAGUUAGUGAUGUGAUUGAUUCCUGCACUGACAGAUCAUAUAGUUCCUGUAAUCGUUGAGCGAGUAUGCGAAUUAGUUUCCUUACCUUCGCAUCAGCCAAAUAUUGAUAUGGCACCUACAGUUCCAAGAUCUUCUACAACUGCUAACAUUGAUGAUGUUCAUGCAUUGGGUUCUGAUGAUGACCAUAACUCUCCAGCCUAGCAUAUUUAGCUUACUUUGUUUGGACAUUAUUGUUGGUCCUUGUGGAUUUUUUGUACUUAAUGAUACUGUUAUAUGUAUUAUGCUAUAUAUUUUGGACCUUGUUGAAUUUAUAUUAAUAUCAGUGACUUUUUAUUAAGUA